AUGUCUCUGGUUGAUACAGCUCUCGCAAGCACCACUACGGUGUACCCCUUUGUAUACAUCUCGCAUGGCAGUACCACCCAAACCAUUAGUUUGAUCGACCAAGCCAGCACCACCCAAACCAGUAGUUUGAUCGAGCAAGCCAGCACCACCACCGAGUAUCCUUACGUGUAUAUCUCGCACGGUAAUGAGACUCAAACCAUCAGUAUCGCUAAACCAAACCUGACUAGUUCCAAGAACCUUGCGACCCGCAAAGGGUUGACAAUGCUGGGGAUCAUUGUAUGGGCACUCUUAUUUGUAGACUCGAUGUUUCUGGGAACUGUUUAG